CUUGUAACUAGCCACACGUGGCUGCGCACCCCCGAUACAACCGGCACCAGCCUGGAACGACGACAAACCAUAACCCUUCAGCAAUGGCUGCAAAAGCUGCCGCUCGUUCGAUAAGACGGCAUGUCGCCAAACGAACAGGCUCUCUAAAUAGCAAUGACUGGAAGCAUCAGAUGUUUGACUUUGAAGAUGACAACAUUACGGACCUGUUUGCGAGUUUCCCGCCGAUACGAGGGGUGCCGGAAGAGAGCAGCCCAUUGACCUUUCGAGCGGUUACUAUUGGCGUCUUACUCGGCUCACUAGUCAAUGCCUCGAAUGUGUAUCUCGGUCUGAAAACUGGCUUCUUCUUUCCCGCAACCAUGUUUGGCGCCAUUUUUGGUUACGGCGCUCUCCUCUUUCUCACAAAAUCAUUUUCAAGUAUACCAUUUCUAGGCAUGGAAUUUGGUCCCCAAGAAAACUCUAUUGUACAAGCCGCCGCUACCGGUGCUGGUGGUCUUGCCGGCCUGUUUGUUGCUGGCCUGCCAGCAAUGUACAAGCUCGGCCUUCUCUCCGACAACCCAGCAUCCGAUUUUGGGCGCCUUCUUACAAUCACGUUUGUCUGCGCGUUCUUCGGACUGUUUGCUGCAGUACCUCUUCGCAAAUUCUUCAUUGUCAAUGUUGCAAGGGAACUCAAUCUCGUGUUUCCCACAGCCACAGCCACAGCAAUUGCCAUCCGCUCCAUGCACUCUGCUGGUAGUGGUGUCAAAGAGGCCAUGAGCAAAAUCAAAGCUCUUGGUAUCUCCUUUUGUGUCGCUUUUACCCACAUCGUUGUGUCCCAGUACGCCGACGGUAUUCUGCACAACUGGUAUGUCUUUGGGUGGUUCUACAUCUGGAGCGGGUACUCCAACAUGGCGUUGGCGGCACACAACUGGGGAUGGUAUAUCCAACUGACACCAGCAUUCUUUGGAUCCGGUAUGCUUGUUGGCGUCAAUGCUGCUCUAUCUUGGUGGCUUGCUACUCUCUUUGCCUGGGGCAUCUUGGGACCUAUUCUGGUUCAUUUCAAGGUAGCUGGCGGCAUCCCCAUUGGCGAAGGCCGAUGGGCCGGCCUCAUUUCAUACAACAACAUGGACAGCAACGGCGAGGACGGUGCUCUCCCUUCGCCACGCUAUUGGUUCCUUUGGCCCGGUGUGAUGGUGCUCAUUGUCUAUAGUCUGAUUGAGCUUAUCCUUCACGUUCGUGUCAUCUGGGAUGGACUCAAGUUUGGCAUUCGCUCAUUUGCGGGUGCCUUUGUCAAACCAAAGCCGGAACAAGCUGUUAACCAGACAUUCUUUGAGAAGCAGGCAGCAAAAGCCAAGCGGGAAGCAGAACAAUGUCUUGACUUUGCGCCUCGCGACCAACAGGUGCCGAUCUGGAUCUGGCUUCCGGGUGUUCUCAUCAUGGUCAUCAUGGCAUGCUUGGUAUGCAAAUUUCAGUACAACAUGAACCCAGGACUGGCUCUUUUGGCUCUUCUCUUGGGUCUCCUCUUCGCUUUUCUCAGCAUUUAUGGUUGCGCCGUCACUGACUUUACACCGCUAACAGCGUCCGCCAAGGCAUCCCAGCUCGUCUUUGGUGCGGCGACGCGCGGUAUGGACGUCAAGGCCGCCCAGCGUAUUAAUCUUAUUGCUGGCAACAUUGCAUCUGGUACAGCAGAUGUUGCAAACAACCUGACAAGCGACUUUCGCGUCGGCUUCUUACUUCGAACACCGCCACACUUGCAAUUCUACGCGCAAGCUAUUGGCACCUUUGUGGCAGUGUUCCUUGCACCUGGUAUUUUCGUUCUCUUCAUGACAGCGUACCCAUGUGUCUGGAAAGAUUUGACUCCCGAAGCGCAAGAGAGAUGCCCAUUCCAGGCUCCGUCGGUUCAUGCUUGGAAAGCGGUCGCCGAGGCCGUUACCGUCGACGCGCUACCCAUCCCGCGCUCUUCUGGCAUCUUUGCCAUUGUCGUCGGUCUCAUUGCCGCUGCACAGGCUCUCACAAAACACUUUUUCUUGUAUGGAAAGCGCGAAAAGUAUCGCAAGUGGUUGCCGAAUUGGAUGUCAAUUGGCGUAGCUUGGGUGCUUGGUGUUGACACUGGAUACGCCAACGCCAUACUCGGAGGCAGUAUUGCCACUCUUCUCUGGCGCCGAUACAAACCUCAAUACUUUGAACAAUACGGAUACUCAGUCGCAGCAGGGUUAAUAGCGGGCGAAGGUCUCGCAGGAGUGGUAAAUGCUGCGCUGGCUGUUGGAGGAUUGGAUGGCGCCUCGCGAGGCAGCCGGAUCGCCAUCCCAGGCGAGCGAUGGUGAAGAAGAACGACAAAAAUAUUUUUUUUGACGACUUACAGCGACUUGAUGACCCUUAAUUUCUUUUUAUUUCUUUGUUUACCCGGAUUUUGGCUGGCUGCAUCGUCCAUUUUUUCUUUUUCAUUAUUUACUGUAGUUAUAUAUCCCCUGUAUAAAACGACUGGGACAGGCCGGGACGGAGGAAUGUUUUAUAUAUCAAC